AUGGUGUGGCGCAGUCCUGAGCUCGGCAUGGGAGGAAUGGCGAACCUUAAUGCUCGAGCAUGGCUGCGGCAUGGAGAUGAGCGCCAGAUGCGCAGUGUGGCUACAGGUGGUGUUAGUGACUCGCCGGUGAUCCCCCCUUUCACUGUUGCUUCUCCUUCUCCUCCUCGUAGCUCCUACAAUGGCGGCUGCGAGAGACAUCCAUUUGUGGUCUCUUCCUCAUCUUCAACCUUCUCUUCUUCACCUUUGGGACUAGCUAUUCCGGUGGUUACUCCUGCAGCAUCACCACCAAGCGGUGGCCAAUGCCCUCCGCUUGGUGCAUGUGUUACUCUGGUCGAUUACAUUCGCGAGUAUACGAAACUUGAAAGACCCCCUAUCGAACCAUGCUGCUCACUUAUUAAGGGUUUGCUAAACCAUGAAGUUGCGGAGUGUCUAUGCGCUGAACUUAAAGUCAAUGUCGAGGAAUCCAUCAUCAUUGACUUCGACGACGACCUUCAGUUAGUCUUCGACAACUGUGGCAUGCAAGCUCCUCCUGGGUUCCAUUGUUCUAUCGGACCUGUCUAG